UCAUAUUUAUGACGGUUGCAGUGUCCCGAGGGGGGGUGUCAUGUGAUCCCCUUUGGCGACCUUCUGACAAGCAAAGUCAAUGGGGAAGCCGGAUCCACUUAACAACCGUGUCAAUAACUUAACAGCCGCCGUGAUUCACUACUGUGGCAAGAAAGGUGUGUAAAAUGGGGCAAAAUUCGCUUAAUGAAUAUCUCCUUUAGCAACAGAAAUUUUGAGCUUGAUUGUGGUCGUAAGUCGAGGACUACCUGUACAUAUUGGUUGCCAAGCUCCCCAAUUUUGAUCACUCGACGGUGGGACGCUACAACAAUUGCAAGCGCAAGGAUGAUCGGGAAUUUCUUUUUUUCGAUGCUGUCGCAACUUCAAACGGUCACUAAGGGAACGGUUUUUAAAUUGAGAAUUGCCUGUAAGGGGCCUUUCUGUUAUUAAUAAUUCAGGCAGAAUAUGCUUGUUUUUAAAUUUCUGGUGCUACUCCCGAAUACACAAGUAUGCCGUGGUGUUGAAUUCACAAGUGCGAUGUGGAGGUUUAAAGUGCGGUGACAAGAGACGUUUUGAGGGAGUCCAUUCCUACUCUUCGGCAUGGUGACAUUGGAAAUUAUAUAUUAUUGCUAUAACCUUUAUUUAUUUAUACUCAUAAUCCAUCCCAGUUUGACUGACCCUGGAGGAUGUUCCAGUGGUGAGAUUAAAAUAUGUGAACAACCGGUUCUCUGUGUGGAUGUUGCUUCCGGAAAUCCAUUCUGGGCCUGGGCAACCCAAAAUUAGCUAUCGGUUCUACCGAAAUGGUGCGAACUGGCUGAAUCCCACCACUGGGAUGUUCUUAAGCAGUUCUUAAAAGCAAUAUUGUGGAGGACAUCAAGUGACAAUAAAAGAUGGAUGGAUGUCCCACCAUGUCCUGAGGCAGGAGUAGGCCACCUUGGCUCUUUUAUGACUGGUGGACUUCAACUCCCAGAAUUCCUGAGCCAGCCAUGCUGAGGGGAAAGGGAGAGGUUUCUAAGCUUAGCCAUGCUGGCUCAGGAAUUCUGGGAGUUGAAGUCCACGAGUCAUAAAAGAGCCAAGGUGGCCUACCCCUGUCCUAAGGUCUGAAAAGCUGUUAAAUCAGGCGAUUUUCGACUGUAGGCUAUAAAUAGAAUAGGUGAUCUGUGGAGGUCCUUGAUGCUCUCUCAGCUUGGUUUUUCUUGCAGACAUUUCAUUACCAAACUAGGUAACGUCUUCCAAGGUUGACCUGUUGGAACUGCAGGUUUCCCAUCGGCGCCCAUCUUUGUGGGUUUUGAUCUUUGCAGCAAGGGUUGUUUUUUUUUUUUCUAACCUAGUGUUUCCUAUGCUGACUGGGGAAUUCUGGGAUUGAAGUCCACACAUCUUACAGUUGUCAAGGUUGAGAAACAUUGUUCUAAUCUGUACAUUUUGGUGUAUGCACCUUUUCCAGCUGUGAACUUCGUAAGAAUGACCAGAAAACGUCAGAUUUCGGCGUAGGAGCCUGCAUGCAGGGUAUGUAAACGAGGUAAAAGACCUUUUCAUCAACCCCUGGUUUCAUUCGUUUGGAGACUCAGGGUGCACUUUUGAGACAGCGCCUCCCCGAAUCUCUUGCAUUUGCAAAGAGAGAGAGAGAGAGAGAGAAAGAGAGAGAGAAGGCCAUUUGCGAGCCUCUUCCAGGGAUGUCUGCAAAACGCGGGUCGACUUCAACCCUUCAGUUCCAAGCAUCUUCAGAGCAAGGAGCUCCCCGGGAAGAAAAAAUGGAAGAAGAGGAAUCCGAAACGCCGGAUCCAGUGGAGAGAUGGAGGGGCAAAGCUUCGGCCUCUCGCCGUUCUCGAGAAAAAAACGAAAGGCUCCACAAAGCGAGGACAGCCCAGCAGAAAGAGCAUCACAACGCCGCCCGUUCCCCUCGUUCGGGGUGGAGGAAUCUACUGCGCCCCACGGAGUUAGAAGCCCGGCAAAGAUUCUCUCCCUCCACUGAGGGGCCGGCAGUCCCCCGCCUGUGGCCCAAGAGCGGCCGGGCCAGCCGGCAGCCCGUCGUCCUCAGCGAGGAGAGCUCAGAGCCCCGUCACAUUUUAGACGCGGGACAGAUUGGAGAAUCGGGGAUGGUCAAGGUGAAGGAAGAGGUACUGGGCGACGACUCGGCCAGCAUGGAGAUGAAACGCCAGCGUUUCCGCCACUUCCGCUACCAGGAGGCCGAAGGUCCCCGCGAGGUGUGCAGCCAGCUCUGGUACCUCUGCCACCGGUGGCUGAAGCCGGAGAGACACACCAAGGAGCAGAUCCUGGAGCUGCUGAUCCUGGAGCAGUUCCUGGCCAUCCUGCCCCCGGAGGUCCAGAGCUGGGUGCGGGAACACGAACCAGAGAGCUGUUCUCAGGCGGCUUCCUUGGCUGAGGAUUUCUUGCAGAUGCAGCGGGAAGUGGAGAGGAAAGAACAGCAAGUGCUCGGGCUGUUUGAGAUGGAUAACGCGGAUUCUCCAGAAGCCGAGGCUGAUCAGCCUCCGUCCGUCGCGGUGCCAGAACCUAUUUUCAGAGAAGCUAAGCAAGAAACUGACGAAGAGGAACACAGCAAUUUAGGAGCUCUCAGGCAGAUGGAGCCCCGGAGGGGGGGCCCUCUCCCCCUCUACCCGGAAGAGGGCAGCUCGGAUGACGAAGGCCUGCUGGACCUGGUCUACGCCACCAACCUCGAGCUCCACAGCCGACGGCCUCCACGUCGGACCCGCCUCAUCCGGAUGCGCACCCACGAGCUCCAGGUGUCCGACGAGGAGUGCCUGACCCGCUUCCGGCUGGACCGCCAGGCCAUCCAGGAUCUGUGCACUCUCCUGGCCCCGUACCUGGACGGGGCCUCCGCGAGUCGCCGGCACAUCCCGACAUUACAGAAGGUCCUGAUAGCCCUGCAGGUCCUGGGCACCGGCUCCUUCCAGAGAAUGACGGGCGACAACCUGCGGGUGUCCCAGUCCUCCGUCAGCCGCUGCUUGGAUGCCUUCCUGGAGGCCAUGUUGCGCCACGUCCACGAGCACAUCACCUUUCCCACCACCGACUCGGAGCUGCGGCGGACCAGGGAAGCGUUCUUCGACAUCGCGGGCUUCCCCAAUGUCAUUGGGAUUGUGGACUGCACCCACGUGCCUAUCAUAGCCCCCGCAGACAUGCCGGCGCUGUACCGAAAUUGCCACAACUUCCACAGCCUCAACGUGCAGGCCACUUGCGACGCCUCGGGUUGCUUCACCCACGUCUUGGCCAAGUUCCCCGGGAGCGUCCACGACGCUCGGAUCUUCCAGCUCUCCCAGUUGCAAAGGCUGCUGGAGUCGUGGCCGGAAGGGAAGGGGUGGCUUCUGGGCGACUCUGGGUACCCUUUGCGCCCUUUCCUCAUGACCCCGCACCCCGACGACGGCCCCGAGCCCGUGGCGCGCUACAACGCCACCCACAAGACGACGCGGAUGGUGGUGGAGACGGCCUUCGGCCAGCUCAAGAUGAGGUUCCGCUGCCUUCACUCCACUGGGGGGCGCUUGAUGCUCCGCCCGGAGAAGGUGGCGAAGGUUUUUGUAGUCUGCGCCAUGCUUCACAACAUGGCCCUGAGGCGCCAGCUGCCUAUCCUCAAUGGAGGACAAGGGGUGGACACUGAGGUCCCCGUGCCUCCGUACCUGGAGACCGACAACAUGGUGGAGCAAGACCCUCAAGGCGCGGAAGUCCGGGAUCAGAUCAUUAGCACUUAUUUCUCGCAAUAAAUUCGCUUUCGGUA